UACAGAAGACGUAAGAUGUCUUUCAAAAGAAGGUGCAUUUGAAUGUAUAUACGUGUAUUUUGCUCGUCUCCGGUGUAAGGCGGGCAGGCAGACAGCGGAAGCCAGCAUCGAUAUACAGGGCUAUCAACGCUCUAGGGCAUUGCGGUAAUGGCAAGCUCCUUUUGGAUGCCGGCCAAGUAGGCACAAGUUUCUUUCACAAAAUACAUGAGAAACACGGUGAUACGCGCCCUACAAAGCGCCGUUACUGCCCCAACGCUCGCAUUUUGCGCGCGAUGCAUCCGCUCAACAGCGCGAACAAUUGAAUAGCGAGUGGCUGAAUUAUGAAUGGCUAAAUAAAAAAAAAAAAAAACGAAAACAUUUUUCCGAGAACGAGUGUGCCCUACGGGGCGUUUAAAAUCGUGCCUAUGAAUUUUCUUGAGCUGUAUCAGGCACCACAGUAAUCAACACUACUGAUAGGGACUAUGUUAUUGAGCGGAAGGCUUCUGUUGCGCAUGCGCUGGGAGUCCGGCCGGCAUCGUCAUUGUUCGUUUUUUUCUCUCAUGUGAGUGUGUAUGGCGGGAGAACGAAGGAAGCGCGAACCUUGAAGAAUAAGUUGAGGAUUCCAUUUUUCGGAAAUUCAAACUUGACCGCGAAAACCGUUGCGCGCGCAACGGCCGCGCAAACCAGAGAUGGUUUGGUAUCCGAAGAUUUUUGCCAUUAAAAAGAAAGGGGCAACGGGCACGGAGCUCCCGUUUCCAUCGGGGCGUUGCUCAAUCGGCGGGGACCCCUCCUGUGACGUACAGAUACGGAGCGCGGGAUCAGCACACUGCCUCCUUCUCGUUGACGCAAACAAGCAGGCCCAUGUUGUCAACGUCGCUGGUACAAAGGAAGUUCUAAGGAAUGAUGAACACGUUCCAAAUCAGGCUUUCUUGAGCCAUGGUGACAUUGUGACAGUUGGCUCACGCCAGUUCCGAUUUGAGUGGGUGUCCACGCAGAAGAAAGAAGGAAAACAAACUUCACCUGCUGCCACUGGUUCUCAGCAGCGCAAAGGAGGCCCAAGAGAGAGUUCAACAAUGGAAAAUGACAUGGGCAAAGAGAGUCCAGCUGUGCAACAGGUGCACGGGACACCUGGUGUCGCUACACCUACAACUAGCUUCUUUGACCAAUCACUUUACAAGACACCUUGUAUCCCAACAGAAGUGUUUGUAUCACCUCUGUCUGCAUCCAACUCAAGUAAUGCUGGCCAUCAAAUUGAAAGGCGAAGCCGUUCCAGGAGUGCUGUAGUGCAUGGAGCUGCAAGGAAUGGUGAAGCCACUGUGCAUGCUAAGAGGCUGUCUUGGAAUGAUGGUCUGCCAAACUCUCCUAGUGAACUGUCAGACUCCACUGGUUCUCGUAAACUCUUGAAAGCAAAAAGACAAAGUGCUAUUGCAACCACCUUUCCCACACCAAUGCAAGGUGUAGGCUCUCCUAAAGGGUUUGAUGGUUCUGGCAUUGACCCAGUUGCCGAAUCUUCAGUCAAUGGCCAACUGUAUGACUCAUCAGAUUCAACACCUUUAAUAGAUGAGCCAAGAAUGCGUGCAAUGCGCUCAAGAAGUUCUUUAGCUAGCAUGGCAGACACCUCUGCUGAGCAUGAACGGUCUGCAUCACUCAGGAGACUGAGCAAGAGCCUGGUGAAAAGACGCCAGAGUUCCGAAAUUACCGCAGAGGAGAAUUCUCCCAAACUGAGGCGGCAAAAUGACUGUGAAGAUGCACAGGAUAUGUCUUUGGCCAGUCACAAUGAUUGUAAUGGACAGUCUGUUUCCAGAAAAUCACUGGGCGAAAACUCUGUGGAAGAGUGUACAACACAUAUCAAGGAUCUUGCAACAUCAGGCACAGCUAGUGGAAUUCUUGUUGCCAGUACCCCAGUUGCAGGUGUGAUUUCAAGAAAUAGGAUGAAAACUGGCAGUGCCCGAAAAAGUAACAAGUUGCUGUGGCAGGCGCAGGCAAACAGAUCUGUUUAUUCCACUCCAGAGCUACAGAACAGCUGCCCAGCUUCUAGUGCUGCCACACCUGAACUGUCAUUCUUAAGUAGCCGUAGCAGUUCUCGCAUGGCACUUCGAAGGUUCAAAGGGAAUCAGUCACUGGAUGGGUUGCAGACAUCCAACAUUUUGGAUGACACCUUAGGCUGUGAGUUGAUGUUCAAAACGCCUGGAUCAUCAUUUAACUUGAGUGCCACAAAAGAACUCAACUCUAAAGGAAACGGGAUGGUUCAUGAUGUGUCUGAUUCUUCAGCACAUAAUGAACCUGCCCACAAGUCAUUGGUGAAUGCUUCACAGGCCACAGAUACAAGCUUAUUGCACACCUCUGGAAGAAGGCGAAGCACUGCUUUGACGAAGAUGUCUGAACAUAAUGAUGUGCCAGAGCUUGAGAUGGUUGGCACAUCAUCAAGUUUACACAGCAUGAACACUGCUGUGGAGAAUAGCUUCAGCAUGACUCGUGCAAGGUCCAGCCGCACAUCAGUAUCAAAGAAAGUGGACUCUGAGGUACUAGAGGGUGGUGUGUUUAGCACACCGAAUGCUUUGAAUGCUUCAAGAGCUAAGCGCACUCCUGCAUCUAAAAAAUCGGGUGAAGAGACCACAAAGCAAGGAGUGGUUGCCACUCCGCAGUCCCUUAAAGUUUCAAACGCUAAGCACACUCCAGCUUCAAAGAAGACAAAGGAAGAGGAGGUCCCAGAGCAAGAAAUUCUAGGCACGUCAUUGUCAGAACAUGUCAGUUCAGGCAAUGUCGAUGUUGCUCUGGGGGAUUCCUUUGAGUACGGCAGCGCUCCAGCGUCAAUGAAUGUAAUUGCAGGCAAGCCUGAGGUAGUUAGCACACCUAGCAACUUAAGUGCUUCAAGGUCUAAGCGGACACCGACUUUGAAGAAGGCUAACAAAGAAACACCAAAGCAAGAGAUGUCGGGCACCUCGGAGUCUGUGAAUAUUCUUGGAACAAAGGGAACACCAGCUGUGAACCAUGUGAAUGAAAAAGAACACAAUGCCACAAGUAUGUCUUUAUUUAAAGAUACGAGUUCAAGCGACAUAGAUAUUGCUCUGGGAGAGCCUGUCGGCUCUGCAAGCGCCGCUAGAUCUGGUCGUGUGUCGGCUUCAAGAACACCAGCUUCAAGGAAACCAAACGAGAAGUUGCGUGACCAGGAGAUUAUCAAUACUCCACGGAUGAAAAAUAAACUAGUUUCAGAUAAAAUGGAUGGAGAGAACCCACAGCAGGGGAUUGGUUACAGAACUAAUGGAUACACGACUGUGGAAAACAGGGAUGCUGUUUUGGAAGAGUCGUUCAGGUCAAGGAGCACGAGAUCUAGCCGCACACCAGCCUCGUACGUGGUACACAUGGACACCCCAGAGCUCGUAACUGUAGGCACGCCAAACAGUUCUAAUGCUUCAAAAGCGAAGCGGACUCCAGCUUUGAAGAAAGCAAGCAAAGAGGGAUCAAGCCCAAUAGAAGUGGACACUCCAGGGCCCUUGAACAUCUCGGGACCUCACGAAAUUGUUGCCUCAAAGGAAGUUGGGGGUUUUGAACAGCACGCAGUAAGUGCUCAGAUAUCAGACAGCAUGGAUGUCGCUGCAGGUGAGCCUGUGAGGACAAGAAGGUCCAGUCGCAUGCCCGCCUCAAAGGAAGCAAAUGAGGAGGUACUGGAGCAGAAAGCACUUGGCACACCAGAUACACUUAAUAUUUCAUCGGCAAAGUGUACGCCAGUAUCUGCGAAGACAAAUGACUCUUCAAGGCAAGAGGUGGUGAACACUCUGCACUCCAAGAGAGUUUCAGUCUAUAAGCAAACACCAGCUUCAAACAAGGCAAAUCGAAAGGCUUCAGAGCAGGAGACAAUGGGAACAUCUCCAUUUAAGCAUUUGACUUCAGGCAACACAGAUGUUUUGAAAGAACCUGCCAAGACUAGAGAUACAAGGUCCAGCUGCACACCAUCCUCAAAGGAAGCAAAUACAGAGAUUCCAGAGCAGGACGCAGCUGGCACACCAGGCACAGCCACUUCUUCGAAAGCCAACUGUACCACACCAUUUUUGAAAGGUGCGGAAGAGACAAAGGAGGGAGGUGUAGCACAGUCCAUCAGAACUUCAGGAGCUAAGCGGACACCUGCCUCAAAGAAAGUUCAGCAAAAUGAGGCUGCAGAGUCAAAUUUACUGGACACAUCACCAUUGAAACAUCCGACUUCAGUCGGUAUGCAUGUUGAUCUGGAAGAGUCUGUAAGGACUAGAAGUGGCAGGUUGAGCACUGCUCCGGCAUUAAAGAGUCCAAAUGCAGAGGUGCCAGGGCAGGACACAGUCAGCACACCAAGCACUUUGAUUUGUUCAAGAGCUACACGCACACGAGAAUCUACGAAUGAAGAGACUACAAAACAAGGUGUGGCAGACACUACCAAGUAUUCUAGAGCUUCAGGAGCUAAGCAUACUCCAGCUUCUAAUAAGCUGAACCAAGAAAGUGAACCCUCGGAGCAGGAGUCAUUAAGCACAUCGCCAUCCAAACAUGUGACUGCAGGUGUUACUGAAGUUGCUGUGGCAGAGUCUAUCAAUAAAAGGCACUCAAGGACCAUUCGCACGCCAGUCUCAAAGAAAGCCAGUGCAGAGGUGUCGCAAGAGGAAGCUGUUGGCACACCAAGUACACGGAAUGCUUCAAAGGCUGAAUCCACACUAGCAUCUGAUAAGAAUUUGCAGUCCUCCAGAAUUUCAGGAGCUCGGAAAACACCAGCUUUAAACAAGAGAAAUCAAGAGGGAAAUGCAACUGAACAGGAGACAAGAGGCACAUUACCAUUGGAAGAUGCAACUUCAGACAAUACAUAUGCUGCUGUGGAAGAGUCUGUCAGAAAGGGAAGUGCGAGGUUGAGCCACACAAUGGCAUCGAGGAAGCUGAGUGCAGAAAUGCCAGAGCGGGAUAUAAUCCGAACUCCAAGUACUGCGAGUGCUUCAAGAGCCAUGCGCAUGUCUGCCUCCACGAACGAAGAAAUUGCAAAACAAGAUGCGGUGGACACUCCAAGGCCAUUCAGAGCUGCUGAACUAAAACAAACACCAGCUUCAACCAAGGCAAACAAAGGAACCCCACAGCAUAAGACAGGAGGCGUAUUUCCAUCUAAAGAUGAGACCAUGGGCUUGUCACCAUUUAAGCAUGAGGCUUCAGGUACUGGAGAUGUUGCAGAUGAAGCGUCUGUAAAAACAGGUAGAAGGCCUAGCCGCACAUCAACAUCAAGAAAACUGAAUUCCAAAGUGUCACAGAAACACGCAGUAGACACACUUGACACCUUGAAUGCUUCAGGAGUUAACAGCACUUUAGUAUCCAAGAAGACAGAUGAGACAGCGCAGCUAGAUGUAGGCAGUCUGCAGUCUUCUAGAGCCUUAAGGGCUAAGCGGUCAUUGGCUCCAAACAAGGUGAAUGAAGUGAAAGAGGCACCAAUGCAGGAGACAGUUGCUAGUUCCCCAUCCAAGCACAUCAUUUCAGACAGCACAGAUAUCGCUGGAAAAAAGCUAUUUGGGCGAAGGAGUGCAAGGUCUAGCAGCACGACAGCUUUGAAAAAUGGUGAGCAAGAGAAUUUGCAGAACAAGGCAACAGGCACACCUAACACAAGUUUUUCAAUCGAUAAACAAGUGACAUUUGUGAGGGAGCCAAAUGAUGUGAGCAUAGAGCACAAGGCUGUAGAUGCUCCAAUCAAGAGAGCUAAACACACACCGGCUUCAACCAAGCUAUGCAAAGAGCAGGAGGUACCUGGACAGGAGACUGCUAAUGAACCUUUAUCUGCUGCUGUGGAAGAGUCUGUCAGGCCUACAAGAAGUCGGUCCAGCUGCACAUUGGCAUCAAAGAAGGUAUCUGUAGGUGCCCCAGACCCAGAGGCGGGAGUAGGAGACAAGCAGAUAGCAUUGUCAGGGAAGGCAGAUGAGGCAAAGAAGCAAGAAGUAUUUGCUACUCCAAAGUCUUCAAAAGUUUCGGGAGAUAUGCAGAAACCAGCCUCGGGCAAUGUGACAGUAGAAGACACGCAGCAUGAGGCAUUGGAGUCGCAAUCUGAAUGUGGGACUUCAAAUGGUGCAGAUAUUGCUGUGGAAGGUUGUGUCAUGAAAAAGAGUGCAAGGGCUAGCGGCACACCAGCUUCAGAGAAGACAAAUUUAGAGACAGUGAAGCUUGAGGCAGUUGGCGCACAAAGCAGUUCAAGAUCUAAGCGGACAGUUGCCUCUAAGGUUAGUGGAAAGCUCACAGAGUCGUUGAAUGCUGGAAAACCUAGACGUAAGCCAGAGUCAUGCAAUGUGAAUGACCAGGAUGAAGCACCAGAGCAAGAACUGAUAGGCAUGUCGCCAUCUGAACAUGUGGCUGCAGACAUAACAGAUAUUGCAGUGGAGAAAACCCCCACCAGGAGUGUCCGGUCAAGCUCCACACCAGCUUCAAGGCACAUGGAUGCAGACGUAGCAAAGUUUGAGAGUGUGGGCAUGCGAAGUUCUCCAGGAGCUAAGCGUACACCAGCUUCAAAGGUCACAAAUGAUCUUGACCAAGAGAGAAUUGACACUCUGAAAUCCUCGAAAGCUGCGGGAGCUAAACGAACAUCAGUUACUGAAAAUUUCAAUGAAAAAGAAGAGCCAUCAGCACAGAUUAACAAUGUCAAUGUUGCAUUGGAGGGCUCUGCCAGGCCUGUAAGAAGCACGAGGUCAUGCCGUACUGUGGCUUCAAGAAAAGUAAAUGUUGAAGUCUCUGAACAGGAGACUGCAGAGCAGCCACACCAGAAAGCAUCUAGAGCUAAACGUACACAGGUUUCAAGGAAAGUAAAUGAAGAAUGUGAGGCCCCAGUUUCAUUAGUUGAACCACUUGCAGAAAAUGUGGUUUCAUCUGAAAAGGAACCCGCAAAAAGUACUGUAAAGGGUCGAAGAAAGCGUGCAACCGCUGUCGAGCAGGAAAAAGAACGAGACCAAAACUGUGAGCCAGCCGAGAUUUUAUCGUCUCCGAGAAUGCCUGAGCAAGAGCGAAAAGAUGAAGUGGUCACACUUCCACCGACCUCUACUACAAAGCGAGGGCGAGGAAAGCGUGCAACUGCUGUCAAGCAGGAGAAAGAACAGGACCAAAACUGUGAACCAACGGAGACUUUAUCGUCUCAGAGAAUGCCUGAGCAAGAGCGAAAAGAUGAAGCCACACUUCCACCGACCUCUACCACAAGGCGAGGGCGAGGAAAGCGUGCACUUCCUUUGCUAGAGGAAGGUGUCGAAACUAAGCUGAGCACUGUUGAAGACAAUGUUGGCACUCUUCAAAAGAAAAGGGGCCGUCCACCAAAGCAAGUGGCUCCUUAUGUGGAAGUAUCGGAGCAGAAUGACGCUGAAGAGCCGAGCAAGAAAGUGGGCGUAUCCUCAAAGAGCACAAAAUUGCGCCGUGUUGCCUCAUCACAGCAAGAAAAAAAUGACGAGGCUCCAGCAAAUAGUGUUUUAUGUACCGAGGAAGCAAUGGUAGCAGCAGCAUCAUCGCGAAGGAGCAAGCGUAAGGUCGCUGAAGUGACUGCCACUGACAUUGACCACAGCACGGCAGAGGUUACUCCAAAGAAAACCAGGGGAAGGCGUGCCAAAGCUGUGGAGAGCGUGCAUGUUACCGAGCAGGGCUCUGCUGUUAAGACAUUGAAGAAUGAGCAAGCCGAAGAGAUGGCACCUGCAAAAAGGACACGGAAGAGGUUGUAAGGAUACUUUUGCUUCCAUUUUUACUAUUUUACUUUUUAACUUGCAAUAAAGGCAUAUACUUCCAUACAGGA